GUGCCGGGUGAAUAAAUGUUAUGUUUGCCUCCCGUUCGUGGUUUGCAAAAAGUAAGCAGAAAGGCUAAUAUCAAACUGACAACCUAUUUCAGUUAUCCCUCCGAAGAAUUGCUGUUCGCAACUAACCCCGAAGUGUCUGAAAACAUCUCAGGUGUUAUUUUGUUCCAUGAAACUUUGUACCAAAAAGCCGACGAUGGUACUCCCUUCGUGGAAUUGCUUAAAAAGCGUGGCAUUAUUCCUGGUAUCAAAGUUGAUAAGGGCGUAGUGCCAUUGAUGGGUUCGGAAGAUGAGUGCACAACUCAAGGUUUGGACGAUUUGGCCUGUCGUUGCGCUCAAUAUAAGAAGGACGGAUGUGAUUUCGCAAAAUGGCGUUGUGUUUUGAAAAUUGGCAAAUAUAGGGCAUAG